AUUGUUCACUUGUCAAUUGUCAUAAAUUCUCGUCAAAUUGUCAAGUUUUUAUUUACAAUACAAUUUUCAGAUAAGAUAAUUGAACGUUUUCCUUUAUCCUUUUUCACUGCGGCAAAGAUUAUAUUACAAAAUGAGCUGUUUUGAAAAUAUCACAUUGCCCAACUGCGUUUGGUUUGAGAGCGGUGAAAAGCGUAACAUUCUGGCAUCCAUAUUUUCUGGUGUAUUGUUCUUUACAGGAUGGUGGUUUAUAAUUGAUGCGGCAAGCGUGUACCCUGGGGACCUUCCCAACGCAGCUCAUGUGUGCGGAGUGAUGGCGACACUGUCUCUCAUUAUGGUCAAUUCUGUAUCUAAUGCACAGGUUAGAGGAGAGACAUACACAGGAGGGUGCAUGGGACCCCGCGGUGCUCGACUGUGGCUUUUCCUAGGAUUUGUGGUUGGGUUUGCCUCUCUCAUCGCUGCUUGUUGGAUACUCUUCGCUAACUAUGUUAAUGCGGGCAGCAGCAAGCACACAUGGCCCGGUGUGAGCUUAUUCCUACAAAACGCAUUCAUUUUCGCCGGUUCUCUAGUGUUUAAAUUCGGACGCACUGAAGAUGUCUGGGGAUAAAUAAAGUUAAAUAUUUAAUUAAAUUGAGUAAUAGACUAAGAUACAGUCUAACCAAUGUUAUAAUCUUUUUGUUUUUCGACAUUUUUAUCCAAUAAAAAGCGCGUUAUUAUUUCUUAUUUUGCUAGAAAAGAAAAAAUAGUAGCAUUUAUAAGUCAUAUUUCUAGUAAAAGAUAAAUGAAAACUGAAAAUGACCUAUCAAAUGACAGAUGUCAUUGUGAAGUAAGAUAUUGACCAAUAGCUGUUUGUUUCCCGCGCCAAUUAAAAUGUCAAAUUUAUUUCGCGCCUUUCCAAUUAUUACACAGGAAAAUAAUAUAUUAGUGGUAUAACUGUAUGA